AUGGAGGUUAUUCUGAACCGUGCUCAGGCGAAGAUCAAAAAGAUCUUAGGGAAGAUAGCAGACAAUGCCGUCCACAAGGAAGUUGAUACUGUCUUUAAUAAAGCGAGAACUGAGAGCAGGAGAGCCAUCCAGUCCCAGAAGACCGCGCAGUCCCAGAAGGAGAAAUGGCCCACUACUGCCGUCACAUCUCUCCAUCCCCUGGAUGUAUCCAACGUCUUCGGGAUCAAGGAAGGAGGAGGAGGAGAAAACCCUUGGAAGCUCACUCAAGAUGAAUUGCGCGAAGUCCCCAAAAACCUCAAAUCUAUUCUCGCGGAUUACGCGGUUGCUACGGGCGGCUCCCCCGAGAACGAAGCACUCAUGAGAUGCAGAAUCGACGCAAUCCUUUUGAUCUCCCUAGCUGCCCAGAAGAGAGCGAUUGCCCGAGAUUCUAGCUCCUCUAUCCUAUCGGUUCAAUUCCAGUGUGAGACUGAUAUGCGGCUGCCAUGGACAUACGAUUACAAGCGAACCAUCGUCUCGGGAACAACGGACUACUCCCUUUGGUAUGAAACACCACUGGAAAUGGAGUGCAAUCUUCUGGUGGUUGAAGCAAAGAGGAAGGGGGCCUCUGGCUACUACCAAGCAUUAGCCUAUAUGGCGAUGCUUCAUCAUGCGCGAAAGGAAGUACGGCGGAAGGAUGUUUCUGUCUAUGGAAUUGCGACUGACAGUUUUACGUGGACUUUCUUGUAUCUCGACAACAGCGGAAAGUGGAGCGGACGUACUUACCAUUGGGGCUCUGGCCAGGAGAGUUUAAUCAUAUCUAUGAUACAUAAGAUUAUCUACCAAGCCGCGUCUCUGUCCAAGCAAGAGCUCGAAAUGUCUGCUACCAAUAUUGCGGUGAAGAGAAGUCUUAGCGGAAACAGCAAAUUGGAGGGAUUUUUCCACAGGAAAAAUGUUUAG